AUGGAAGGAGUUCACCAGAUCGGACUCGGCGAGAAAGCAUGGUGGCCAAGAUGCGGCAGCCCCAUGCUCUGUUCCGAUGGGCCUCCUCUCUGGUUCAGUUUGGUACGGUUUCCUGUUGUUGCUUGUGUCGAGCCAUGGGUCCGUCUCUCCUUCGCACUGAGCCUACUUCUCCUGUCGCUGGCGCUUCUUCUUCUCGUCCGUCCUGCUUCUUACCAAAGUGCUUAUGCUUGCUGCCUUGGGUUGUACGAUUUCUUCUGUCACUGUCGUUCGACUCAUCAAGGAUGUGUAUGCUUGUUUCCGGUGUUAUACCUGUUUUGGAGGCUGUGGGUAGCUCGAUGCGCUUUGCCGUCCCUUUCAUAUCUGUGUGUAGUCGCAGAGGAUGGCUCUGUUCUUGCUGGUGUAAACUCGAGCUCCCAGUGGGACAGAUAUGGUCCUAUGGAGAAGCUUGAUGAACAAGCCGAGGUGAGCUCUUGUGGUAAAGCUGAAACUUCAUCACCUACUGUUGAAGAAAAGGAUGAUGACAAUGACCAGGCUCAAGUGACCAGAAACAAAAGAAUGAAGUGGCAAGCAUAG